AUGGAAACCACGCACAUAAUCAACGUGGUUUCUUUUAGUGUUCUAUUCUUUUGCCUACUUACGAUAACAAUUGAGUACGUAGUUUCGAGUAGGCGGCAGCGCCGCCUUGCGAAUGCGAGGUCACGGGAAAGAGAGCAUUUGGAAGUCACCAGACGUAACACCACGGACCAUAUGCGCAGAAAACUGACGCGACAGGCCAUCGAGCUCCUUCUCGCCAACGGCUACGUGACUGAAGGAAUCGCCUUAGCUUCCAUGGUGGGGACUACGGAGGUGCCUGUGGAUAGGGAGUUACGUCCCAAUAGGCCUCGACGGAGGCCAAAUUUAGUCACCGUGGCGGACGGUAGUCGCAUGAGCAUAAGUCGUGUAGUGCAGCGGGCGCGAGCAAAUGGCCAAGCACCCGAUGCUCCACCUGGUCCUGUGCUCAUGGAGCUCCUUGAGAAGCUACAGCAGCAGAUGCAGCGUGAAAAUGAAUCACAGCCCUUCAGUGGGCCGGUACACACACCAGUGGAAGAGCUGGUGGUGCGGUUAGUGAAGUUGGAGGGGGACGCGAAGGGUCUUGAAAAGCCCUCAGCUGCAGAUGAGACAUAUGGGAAGCCAGUUGAGUACACCAUAAAUCCGGCCAACAGUUCUAUUUGGUACGUUGGGAACAACUGUUGGUGA